UUCGAGGACGAGGACGAGGACGAGGACGGGAGGGAUCCCGAGGCUGGGAUGCAGGCACCGGGGCAGUGGCCCCAUCGGGACGUCCCGUGCACACCUGGAUCGCGUUGCGGAGGGGCGCGUGGACGGGGCAGCUGGAGGCCAUAGGGAACCACGCUAGCAUCCGGGAAGGACGAGGAGCGGCGGGGGCCUUGCCCGCUGCCCCGGCCCCUCUGCCACCAUGGACCCGCAGUCCCUGGAUGCCGCGGUGCAGAGCGCCCUCCAGGCCUUGUACCCUCCGUUCGACGCCACGGCCCCCACGGUCCUCAGCCAGGUCUUCCGCCUGCUGGAGACCGACUACCACGGGGACGGGCUCUGCUGCCUCCUGGACUUCCUGAUCCCGGCCAAGCGCCUCUUCGAGCACGUGCGGCAGGCGGCCUGCGCGCCUUACUGCAACUGCCUCUUCCUGCACGAGGGCUGGCCCCUGUGCCUCCGCGAGAAGGUCGUGGUUCACCUCGCGCCCCUCAACCCGCUGCUCCUGCGCCCGGGGGACUUCUACCUGCAGGCAGAGCCCUGCCAGGACCAGUCGGCCGGCAUCGUCCUCAAGUGCCUCUCCCGGGACCUGCGCACGGUGGAGGAGAUCCCCGUCCCCCAAGCCUCCUACUCGCUGCUCUUCACCAACGAGUGGCUGGAGGAAAUCAACCGCGGCCUGGACCGGGCGCCGCUGCGCACCUGCCUGGUCGCUACAGAAAGCGGGGUCAUGCCCAUGCCUUGGAGUAAGAUCGCCACACCGGAGUUCAUCGAGAAGCCCAAGGUCGCUCCAAACCUGGCCCAGGCUGCAGCCACCCCUCCGGCCGGCGCGCGGGACCGGGACAGCUGGGCGUCUCCUGGCGCAGCAGAGGCUCCGGUGCCAGGCUCCGGCGGGCACGCGGCAGGGAAGGUGCGGGAGUGCAAAGACGUGCCCCGGAGGCGCGGCCCGAGCAAGUACCCGGGGCUCAUCAAGGUGGAGCAGGCAGGUCCCUGGCAGCCGGACGCCCAGGGGCUUGUCGCGCCGAGCCUCUGCGACAUCCUCAGCCGGGACCUGGAGGGCGAGUACGUGGACCUGCUGGAGCUCUCUGCAGAAGGGGGCUCCGAUCCACACCCCCGGUCGGAGCAGCCGGCGCCUGCUGGAGAAGCAGAGCCGCCGUCCGAGAGCGAGCCAGGGCUUGGAGAGCCGGCCGCUGAGACCUGGGCCUGCAGGAAAGGGCCGAGCGCAGAAGAGGGUCCCUGCACGCCGUGUCUGAGGAGGAAGCUAAGCAGAGACCCCCAGUGCCCCGGGCCGAGGUGCCGGUACCGCGAGUCCUACGUGGCCGCUAUCCAGAACCCCAUCUGCUUCGGCGCCGGGCCGAUGGCCGCCAUCCAGGAGGAGUCCGAUGGGCCCAACCGUGACCUCCCUCCCGCCAGCGCCGCCGUGAAGCCCCCAGACAGGCACCGGCCCGGGGAUGCUGGCGCUCCCCGACCCCCCUCCGGCUUCCCUCCCCAGGAAGCGAAAGCCGAGGAGGCGACCAAGCAGGGAUACCUCAAGCUGCUCAAGUCUCCGGCGGGUGCAGGGAGAAACCCUUCUCGGUCCGAGUCUCCCACCACCAGCCACAAAUUCCCCUUCCUGAAGGGCCCGCGGCAGCCGGCCGCCCCCGCCGAGGCCGCUGCAGAAAGAGCAGCCAGCCAGCCCGAGGGGUCUCGGAGGAAGACGUCGGCUCUUUACUCUCCCAGGACGAGCAGAGCCAAGCCAGCGGGGAAAGGUGCUGACCAGGCGGAUGCCGCUCGCCUCCACGUCGGCUCUCCGCACGGCACCGGCUGCAGGAACGGCCCCCGUGCUCCCGCCAUGGCCCGAGACCCUCUCCCUGCAGAAGGCAGCGCCCCGAAGCUGCCCCGCUGGCAGGGCCUCGGCACCCAGCUCCUGCUCUCAGGGGUGGCGUGCCUGCCAGGGAGCACGGACAAGCUUGGCCGGGCCCUGAUCCAGGUGAGCACGAGCAGCAGAGCGUGGGAAGCCUCUUGGUGCUCGGCUAGAGAGGUCGCCCGGCUCCUCCUCUACCUCUGCUCCAUCCCCAGGAGGAAGGCAAGAGGCGUGGGGCUGACCGUCGUGGUGGACGCUAGACGGCAGCCUCCCUCCCCUGCGCUGAACGCAGCGCUCACGUCAGCCCAGCGCUCGUCCCCCGGCGCCAUCCACAGCCUGCUGCUGCUGGCAGAGAAGGAGGCAGCUGCGCACCUGGAGAAGGUACCUGGCACGCAGGUGGAGGUGCUGCCAUCUCUGAAAGCCCUGGGCCGCUACGUGGACCCCGGCCAGCUGACCCGGGACCUGGACGGCACCUUCCCUUACUGCCACAGCGAGUGGGUUCAAUUCUUCCAGAAGCUGCAUCCCUUCGUCGCAGAUCUCACGGCGGUGUCGGAGCUGUUGCGGCGCUCCAUCGGGGAGCUGGAGAGGGGCGCCUUGCCGGAGGGCCUGCAGGAAGCAACCGAGUGCACGGAGCGGUACCGGGAGCUGAUGAGGACGGUGCUGCGCAACCCCCAGCUGGACACUUUGCAGAGGGACGGGGGGGCCACGCUGGCCAGGCUGAGGAAGGAGGCAACGCGGCUCAGCUCCUCUCCCGACGUCAGGAACCACAUGGAUGCAGCCCUGGGUCUUUACAACCGGGUGGAGGAGGAAGUCCACACCUUGGUGGCCAAGUCCAACCGCUGCCUGGAGCGCCUGGAGCACGUCCAGAAGAUCAGGGAGCUGGAAGCCGAGUUCGGCAAGCUCAGCGGCUGGAUGGAUGAAGAAGGCGAGUCUCGGCUGCGUGAGCUGAGCGCGGCGGAGUGGGGCCCGGACAGCCCGGAGAAAUCCUACCGGCACUUCAAGGAGUUCUUCAUCCAGGCGACAGCCCGUUACAACCAAGGCCUGGUGCUGUGCAAGGAAGCGGCCGGCUUCCACGGCUCCGCGGGCCCGGAGGCAGAAGCCUUGGAGGCAGCCAGAGGGGCCUUCCAGGCGAGGCUGUCGAGUUUCUACACCAAUGUGGAGAGGCAGCAAGCGGAGCUGGAGACUCUGCUGAACCUCUACCGGUUCUACGACAAGGUCAUGUGGCUGAGCCUGGACUGCAAGCACCUGGCGGCCCGGGCGCAGCUGGGGCAGAGCCAGGCGGGCAGCCCGAAGGCCCUGCGGCGCCUCGCCGGCUCGCUGCAGAAGCUGUCGGCCGAGUUCUCGGCACCGCGGCUCCAGGCGAUGAAGGCACAAGCGUGCGCCGUGCGCCACUGCUGGGGGCCGGGGCUCUGGCACGAGGCCUGGGGCAGGUACCGCGAGACCCGGCAGGCCCUGGCUGAGAUGCUGGGAAAGGCCGAGGAGGCGCAAGCUCUUGCAGAGUCGGGGGGCGAGCCUCACGCCUGCCACGCUCCAUCCGACCCGGCACCCCCUGCACGUGAGCAGCAAGGUGCAGCCUUGGGCGGCAGAGAGAGCAGCGAGGCGGAGAGCGGGGAUGGGGACCCCUGCACCGGGCCAAGCCGCAUCCAGCAGCCCCGGUGCUGCAGCCCCGAGGGGGUCCUGGGAGCUGCCCUGACCGAGGCAGGGGCUCCGGCUCAGGACGCCAGCCGGGAAGGGCCCGACCGCGUCCCCGCACCCACGCAGGAGCCUCCGCUGACCUGUGGCUCAGACACGGGGCAGCGCCUGGAGGCCAGCGCAAGCCACCCCGCGCGUGACGGGCCCCGCUCAGCCCCCGGCCGGCGCGCUGGUAAGAGGCCAGAUGCAGCCCAGUACUUCCAGGUGUCCAGACACAGCAGCUUUUCCUCUGAAGACACCGAUUCGCAGCACUCAGCCGAAGACUCGCCCGUAGCCAGCGCCGUCGUGUCCGGGGACCCGAGCCCUCGACAGGCCUGUCCCCAGGGAGAGUCCGCAGGGAUCCUGUAUCUGGAGAAGCACCGCGCGGACAGCCCAGCGCGAGCCAGCGCCGAGUAGAGGCAGCCCUGCCACGGCCGCUGGCCCCUUGCCUGCCCCGGGGCAGGUCACUUCUCUGCGUGCCUGCCUUCCCCGCCCGGGGCAGCACCCUCCCGUACCUCGCGGGGUGCUGCGAGGCAGGAUGAACCCGUAACCCCUGUGGGCUUUGUGGUCCCGGCGGGAAGAGCGUGUUGCUCCUGGGUCAUUAGCUGCCUUCAGAAGAGGCAGAGCUGAACCCUGCGUGAGAGCAGAAAAAGGGCCCGUCCCCUCGCUGCCACCUACGCCAACCGGCCCGUGACUUCCUCCGCUUGGUCCUUGCUCUGCGGCGGGAGCAGAGGGCCGUGCUGAGCCCGCGCCCACCAGCUGAGCACGCCGAGCUGUCCGAGCCCCGCGUGCCAUCACAAGCCCACCCCUGCCUCCUCCAAGACCCCCUUGCUCGGGACCGUUCCCCUGUUCCCAUAUCUUCCUCCCCUCCGGCCCCCUCCCCUCCCCAGCCGACGGUGCUGCGCUGGCGCGGUGGUGCCGACCACGGUCUCACUUAUUUUGUACAGGACUGGCUUUAUUAACCACAAUCGACCCCAAUGCAGAGCUCUCCGAGGGGUCGGUGCGUGGCACGGCAGGGCAGCUUUGCAGAAGUCAGGCCAGGUCUGCCAUCAGGAAGUGCACGGCUGCCAAACAGAAAUCCCGUGGGAAUAAAUCCCCGGGAACCCCAAACCCAGCCCUGAUCCACCUUCCCCCUGCCUCUCCUCCCAGCUAUGCCCCCGCUGCAGGCAUCUGCCCGGGUUGGGGUGCACCCGCUCCCAGGCCCGUUCACCGAGCAACAGGAGCCCAGGCCCCUCGCUGCUCCUUGUCACAGAGUCCCUUGCAAGGGGCUGAGCAGCUCCGUCCUCAAACCAGUUUAUUGCCGUGCUACCUUAGACCCGGCAGCCAGCCAAUGUUUGCAGGUAGCCAGGUGAAGCCCUGCCUGCCUGUGUUUCUAUAGGGCUGGAUGGUGUUGGCGGCACUGGCCGGCAUCUAGCAAAGCCUACAGCUAUGGUGGGCCAGCCUCCCUGGCUCUGGGAGCUACGCACGGGGCCCCUGGGCAGCCCCUGGCCAUGAGGAAGGUGCAGAAAAAUAUAUUCACCCCCCGGGGCACUCCCGCAUCCCAGUCACAGCUGAGCUGCGCCGCGGCCGCGCUCCUGGCCCCGCCAAGGCCUUGGAAAGAGCGAGCGUGAUUUGUUCUGUCUAGGCAGGCGCGUGCGGCCAUGUCUGCAGACGUCUCAGACACGCUCGCAAACACGGAGAGAGAAGGAGAUGGAUGUGGAGAAGGCGCCGUCCUCGGCCACAGUCAACGGGCUCUGAAUUUUUCAUGAGCCGCGCACGGUAAGCGGGCUGUCUGGGAUUCUCAGCAGAUGCUAGCGACGCUGCGGCUGCCUUCAGGAGCAAGCAGGCUCCAGUUGGCUCGGUCCCGUGGCAGCCUGGCUGGCAAUGGGACUGGCUGCCUGCGGUGGGUCGGGUUCAUCUUGCAGCCCGCGAGUCUUGUUCGCAUCCUAUCACCAAAUCCUGAAGUCGGCCGUAAAUAAUUCUGCUGCUCUAUUUCCUUCCUCCACCUCGUUACCCCCCCAGUUGCACAUUGGCCACUGCAAUUAAAACAGAAUAGGUGUAUUAAUUUCUUACCGGA